AUGGAGAUCUCGUUUAAAGGAAAAAGGAUCCUUGUGACCGGUGCUGGGCAAGGUAUCGGCCGCGGAAUCGCAGUAGAGUUAUGGCGUGCCGGAGCCAAUAUAGUUGCAUUAUCACGAACACGGUCGCAUCUAGAAGCCCUACAAAGUGAAUAUCCCUCUAUCGACAUUGUCGACGUAGAUAUUGCAAAUUGGGACACAACUCGUGCCAUCGUAGAUUCACUAGGACCAUUUGAUGCGUUAGUGAACAACGCUGCUAUAGCCAUAUGUGAACCUUUCCUAACAUGUACACCAGUAGAUUUUGAUAGGACAUUUGAUGUGAAUGUUAAAGCAGUGUUAAAUAUAAGCCAAGUAGUAGCAAAAAAAAUGAUAGAGAAUAAAAUUCAUGGCACAAUUGUAAAUAUAUCAUCUCAAGCUUCGAAGGCUGCUUUACAAGACCAUGCCAUAUACAGUGCAUCAAAAGCAGCUUUAGAUGCUUUAACACGAGCGAUGGCUUUAGAAUUAGGACCGCAUGGUAUUAGAGUGAAUGCUGUAAAUCCUACUGUUAUUAUGACUGCCAUGGCCAAAGUAGGAUGGUCUGAUGAAAAGAAAAGUAGUGAAAUGCUAUCUAAGAUUCCACUAAGGCGAUUUGGUGAAGUGCAAGAAGUUGUAAACGCUGUAGUGUUUUUGCUAGGUGAACGGUCAAGCAUGAUUACAGGAGUUGAACUCCCGGUAGAUGGAGGAUUCUUAGCUACAUAA